AUGUAUUGGUUGCAUGUAAUCCUGGUGGGGUUGUUCUGCCAGUCAACCGCUGGCAUCCUUGACAUGCCCAAAAUUGCUCUCUACAUGAGCCAGUCUAGUGACGUUCUGGAUCUAACGUGGGACAAUGGGCCGAUGCACCUUUCGCAGCAGCUUGCAAACCUAGGCUUGGUCGUGCAUUCGGCAGCUGAUGCCCAACCUCCCCUUGGCGACAUCGAUGCUCCCAGCGCCUACAUCAUUCCUGCUCAAUAUGGGCAUACACUGUACACAGCGGCAGAGGAUAUGAGCGAGGUCGCAUCGUUUCUUUCCCAUGGUGGCCUUGUAAUCGUUCUUGACGCCGGCCUGGGUGAUGGCGCAGCUCUGCGAGAUUUCGUUUCACAAGCGCUGUCUCUUAAAGGUGAUCGAAAAGUGGAAACAUAUGCCGAACGUUCAUGGAAUCUGUGCAAGCAGACUGGCACGACUGACAAGUUGCGGCGCUUUAGCCGCUCGAGCGGUCCUUCGCUCAGCGAUGCCGCACUUUCUUUCCUCCCUGGUGGGAGUUUUUCUGGUUCGCCCGACUGGCCUGAGACCCUUGAGGACGCGCGCAUCAUCUCUACUUACACGUCCUGCCAGCACCAGGAUAGCGACGCUGUCAUUAGACCGCUUUACACGCUCUACGGCGACGAAAUGCAGGCGUUCGGCAAGGUUGGCAGCCCCGGCGCCGUGGUGUGGCUCGGUUACAGCUGGAAGGACGGGCCCCAGCCGCAAUGGGGCGCGCUGCUGAAGAAGCUCAUCACCGACUUCGCAAACGGGUUGUACGAAAUUCCGCUUGAGGAAGACCCGGCGCCCACGGAUAUGCUGUCUUGCAUCAUUGAGGCAGCCGCGGACGUCGCUCGGGAUAUCGACAGCAUCGUGCGCGUGUCUGAGGGCGUGCGCAUGUGUGGCCGGGGAUGA